CCCUGUGGCCCUGUCCCUGGUCGCCGCACUGCACAGGCGCACGGUCCCGCCCGCACCCGGCCAGCCGCGGCGCCCGGUCCCGCCCGGCCCUCCUCGCCUGCAGCACUCCCUGGCCGGCCAGCCAGCCAGGCGGGCAGGCGGCAGCCUGCGGCCCAGCGUCGCGCGCCUCGCACCCGGCGCCCGGCGCCUGCUCGCCGCAUCACGGCCCCCGCCCCCAGGCUCGGCACCACGGACGACGCCCGCGCGGCCGCGCGCCGCACCGCGGUCGGCGGCCCCGCCCCGCCCCUCGCCUCCAGCACUCCCCGCCGGCUGGCCAGCUAGGCGAGCAGGCGCCGCGCGCCCCGUGCCCGGCGCGCCGCACCGCGGCCCCCGCUGCCAGGCUCCACACCGCGGCUGGCGGCCCCGCACCCAAACCGGUCUCAGCCUCCUACAACUCCAAGCUCGAAAACACUCGCCCUCCUCUCAUGGCGCCGCCCCUCGCCGCCGCCAUCCGCCGCCUUCCCCUUUCCAACCUCCUUCGCCUCCUGUCGUCCCACCACCUACGCCUCUCCACCUCAUACUCCCCCUCCGACCAAAGCGACUUCGAGCCAGACCCCGACCACCCCCUCCCUCUGCCUCCCGCCACCGACGACGACGGCGAGCUCGCCUCCUUCGUCCACCGCAUCUCCAACGCGGCCUCCUCCGCUUCCUCCCCGAAGGAAGCGCUCUCUCUCCUCCUGUUCUCCUCCACAAUCACGGGCUCAUCGCCGGUCCCAGCAUCCCCGGCCCUCCUCGUCCGCGCGCUCUGGGAGCUGCGCCGCGACCCGGACGCCGCCGCGCUCGCGGUUCGCUACGGAGACGAGAGCAGCGCCGUGGAUGGGGCCGAUGGGGCGGGCGCAGGGCCGCAGCCGCCGCCGGCCGAGGCGUGGCACCUGGCCGUGUGGGCCACGGGAAAGGCGCGGCGGUUCGACCUCGCGUGGGCGGUCCUGCGGCGCAUGCGGCGCCGCGGGGUGCUCACUCGCCGCGCCAUGGUCAUCCUGAUGGAGAGGUAUGCAGCUGCCAAUGAAGUGAAUAAAGCAAUCAAGACAUUUGAUGUGAUGGAGAAGUUUAAAGUCGAAGUAGAUCAAACUGCAUUUUACUCCCUUCUCCGUGCUCUUUGCAAAAGCAAAAACAUAGAGGAUGCUGAGGAGUUGCUUCUUCUGAGAAAGAAAUUCUUCCCACUUACUGCAGAAGGUUUCAAUAUAAUUCUAGAUGGUUGGUGUAAUGUGAUCACUGAUGUGGCUGAAGCAAAGAGAGUUUGGAGAGAAAUGUCCAAUUGCUGUAUUACUCCUGAUGGUAUAUCCUAUACUCUCGUGGUCAGUUGUUUCUCAAAAGUAGGAAACCUUUUUGAUACCCUGAGGGUUUAUGAUGAAAUGAAAAAGAGGGGAUGGACUCCUGGUAUUGGUGUUUACAAUUCACUUGUCUAUGUUCUGACAAGAGAGAAUUGCAUGAAGGACGCACACAAUAUAUUCAGCAAACUUAUAGAUGAAGGUAUCCAACCGGAUGUUGAAACAUACAAUAGUAUGAUAGUUCCACUUUGUGAAAGUUUUAAGCUUGAUGAAGCACGAAUGGUGAUGGAAAGCAUGAUACUUAAGGGCAUUGUUCCAACCAUUUCGACGUACCAUGCAUUUUUGAAGCAAGAAGGCAUUGACGAGUCACUGAAGCUCUUGCAAAAAAUGAAGGAAGAUGGUUGUGGCCCUAAGAGUGAUACGUUUCUCAUGCUUAUUGAUAAAUUUUUUCUACUGAACGAGUCUAGAAAUGCUCUCAGAGUAUGGAAUGAAAUGAGAAAAUAUGACAUUAACCCUGGUCGUUCACACUAUAUGACAGUGGUCCAAGGUUUAGUAAAGCAUGGAUGUAUACCAAGAGCUUUAGAGUACUAUGACGAAAUGAAAGAAAAGGGUUUUGCUUCUGAUACACAACUUGACAAGGACUUCAAUACCUUUCUUUUGGCCAACAGAGACCACUGGAGAGGAGCUGGCAAAUUCAAUAUCAUUCCCCAACGGGGCAAACAUUUUACAAGGCGGUCAAGAAUGCAAUAACAAAUGUGUUCAAUCGAAUUUGAUUAUACUGUGUUUUCUGAUAUGGGGGACUUAAUUUCAACAAAGUUGAAUUUUGACCAGUGCGAGGUUACUGGGCUCUGGACUCUGGUUGCUUAUAAGGAGGUACGUAGGUGGAGAUAUAUCGGCUAAAUAUUAUAGUUUGUAGAGUGUCAACUCUGUUAAUUUUUGAACUUGAGGUAGUAGCAGCUCCAUGCUCUUUGUGACAGUCUGUUGUUCUUGUGCUGUUUUGAUCCUGAGGUCCGAUUUUGCUUCUAUUUAUUCAAGUACUCGAUGAAAGGAGCAAAUAGUUGUACAAUUUUUCA